ACAGUCAAAAUCCUGCACAGGAAAUGCCUAUAUAUGCAGGUACCUCCUCCACCCAGUGAUGUCACCCAGCUCGAGCAAAUAGGCUGUAGCUAGCCGGCCGGCGAGAAAAAUGGACGAGUCAGGCAGAGGAACAGGUGAUGAUCAUGGCCGGGAGACGAAGGAUGCUGCGGCGGCGGCGUCGUCGUCGUCGGGGAAGAAGGUGCCGCUGUUCAGCUUGUUCCGGUACGCCGACCGCCUCGACGUGCUGCUGAUGGUUGUCGGCACGGUGGGCGCGCUCGGCAACGGCAUCUCGCAGCCCCUCAUGACGGUCCUCUUCGGCAACGUCAUCAACUCCUUCGGCGCGAACACCAGCGGCAGCGUCCUCCGCAGCGUGACCAAGGUUGUCCUCAACUUCAUAUAUCUGGGAAUUGGAACUUCAGUAGCUUCCUUUCUUCAGGUAUCAUGCUGGACUAUGGCAGGAGAAAGGCAGUCUGCCCGCAUCCGUUCUUUAUACCUGAAAGCCGUUCUGAGGCAGGAUAUUACAUUCUUCGACACAGAGAUGACAACUGGUGAAGCAGUUUCUAGAAUGUCUAGUGAUACCCUCCUAAUUCAAGGUGCUCUUGGUGAGAAGGGAGGGAAGCUUGUAGAACUGUUAUCAAGCUUCAUCGGUGGCUUUAUCAUAGCAUUCACUAGAGGAUGGCUUCUCACUCUUGUCAUGCUAACAUCGCUACCGUUAAUUGCUAUUGCCAGUGCAGUUUCUGCACAGGCCCUAACUAGAGUUUCUAGCAAGAGACAAACAUCAUAUAGUGAUGCUGGGGACACAGUUGAACAGACCAUUGGAUCUAUAAGAACAGUUGUGUCCUUCAAUGGUGAGAAGAAAGCGAUAGCAAUGUACCGUAAUUUUAUAAAGAAGUCAUACAAGGCUACUAUUGAGGAAGGCAUUAUCACUGGUUUUGGCAUGGGCUCUGUCAUGUGCGUCGUAUUUGGCAGCUAUGGAUUAGCCUUCUGGUAUGGUGGAAAGCUAAUCAUUGAGAAAGGUUACACAGGAGGAAAAAUCAUGACUAUCUUGUUUGCCGUGUUGACCGGUGCAUCCUCAUUAGGCAAUGCAACACCUGCAGUUGCUGCAGUUGUGGAAGGUCAAUCUGCAGCAUACAAUUUGUUCAAAACAAUUGAGAGGAAACCAGAGAUAGAUUCCGAUGAUAACAAUGGCAUGGUUUUAGAAGAUAUGAAUGGCGAUAUUGAGCUAAAGGAUGUGUACUUUCGUUACCCUGCAAGACCAGAGCAGUUGAUAUUGGAUGGAUUGUCGUUACAAGUAGCGAGUGGAACAACAAUGGCUAUAGUCGGAGAGAGUGGAAGCGGAAAGUCAACUGUUAUCAGCCUAGUCGAAAGAUUCUACGAUCCACAGUCUGGCGAAGUUUUAAUAGAUGGAAUUAGCAUCAAGAAACUGAGACUUGAUUGGAUAAGAGGGAAGAUCGGUCUUGUUAGCCAAGAGCCUCUGCUUUUUAUGGCCUCCAUUAAAGAUAACAUAAUAUAUGGUAAAAAAGAUGCAACGCUUGAAGAGAUCAAGAGAGCAGCGGAGCUUGCAAAUGCAGCUAACUUCAUUGACAAGUUACCAAAUGGUUAUGAUACUUUAGUUGGCCAGCGCGGUACUCAGCUCUCUGGAGGACAAAAACAGAGAAUUGCAAUUGCAAGAGCCAUCCUCAAAGAUCCAAAAAUCCUUUUGCUCGAUGAAGCAACAAGUGCACUUGAUGUGGAGUCUGAGAGGAUAGUUCAGGAGGCACUAAAUAGAAUGAUGGUAGAAAGAACCACACUCGUUGUCGCUCAUCGUUUGAGCACUGUGAGGAAUGUUGAUUGCAUCACAGUCGUCCGCAAAGGAAAAAUAGUUGAACAAGGUCCUCAUGAUGCACUGGUGAAGGAUCCCGAUGGAGCUUACUCCCAGCUAAUUAGGCUACAAGAGACUCAUCGUGAUGAAAGGCAUAAACUACCAGAUUCCAGAUCAAAAAGUACUAGUUUGUCAUUCAGACGAUCAAGAACUAAAGAUUUUCUCAGCAAGAGCAACAGGUAUUCCUUCAAGAGCCCCUUAGGAUUGCCUGUUGAUAUACAUGAGGAUGGAAUGACAAGCGAACAACAAAAGGUUGACCACUCUGACAGUAAGGCCAUUAAAAAAACACCAUUUGGACGGCUUUUUAAUCUUAAUAAGCCAGAAGUGCCAGUUCUUUUGUUAGGUUCUAUAGCAGCAUCAGUGCAUGGAGUCAUUUUGCCACUAUACGGUAUAAUAAUGCCAGGUGUUCUAAAAUCAUUCUAUGAACCGCCAGAUCAGCUGCGAAAAGAUUCUAGAUUUUGGGCAUUGAUGUCUGUUGUUCUGGGGGUUGCUUGUUUGAUUUCAAUCCCAGCAGAAUAUUUUUUGUUUGGAAUUGCUGGGGGAAAGCUUAUACAGCGUGUCCGUACACUGUCAUUUCAAAGAAUUAUGCACCAAGAGGUUGCUUGGUUUGAUAAGCCCUCCAAUUCCAGGUGCGCUACUCUAAUGUACUUUUGCUAUUUUAUCUUUUAUAAAAAAAUAUUUACAUUUAAACCAAUGCUAAGAGGCCAUCUUAUUUCUUACAGUGGGGCACUUGGUACAAGGCUCUCAGUCGAUGCGUUGAAUGUCCGCCGUUUAGUAGGAGAUAACCUGGCCCUUAUAGUCCAGGCUGUAGCUACACUAAUCACUGGCUUUGCCAUAGCUUUUGCGGCAGAUUGGAGGCUUGCACUGAUCAUCACUUGUGUAAUUCCUUUAGUGGGUGCACAGGGCUAUGCUCAAGUUAAGUUCUUGAAGGGGUUCAGUGAAGAAUCUAAGGAGAUGUAUGAGGAUGCAAACCAAGUUGCGGCUGACGCUGUAGGCAGCAUCAGAACUGUAGCAUCUUUCUGUUCAGAGAAAAGAGUGGUGGCAAUAUACAACAAGAAAUGUGAAGCUUUAAGAAAACAGGGAAUUCGAAGCGGAAUCGUUGGAGGGAUUGGCUUAAGUUUCUCAAACUUGAUGUUAUAUCUGACUUACGGUCUUUGCUUCUAUGUUGGUGCAAAGUUCGUAAGUCAGGGAAAAACUACUUUUUCAGAUGUUUUCAAAGUUUUCUUUGCUUUAGUUUUGGCAGCCGUUGGUGUUUCGCAGUCAAGUGCAUUGUCUACUAAUGCAACAAAGGCAAGGGAUUCUGCCAUUUCCAUUUUUAGUAUUAUCGAUCGGAAGUCUAGGAUUGAUUCAAGUAGCGACGAGGGAGCGAUAAUGGAAAACGUCACUGGCAGCAUUGAUUUCAAUAAUGUCAGUUUCAAGUACCCAUCACGCCCUGAUGUUCAAAUAUUCAGUGACUUUACCUUGCACAUUCCUUCCCAAAAGACCAUAGCACUUGUUGGAGAAAGCGGUAGUGGGAAGUCCACGAUAAUUGCUUUAUUAGAGCGUUUCUAUGAUCCUGAUUCUGGUAAUAUCUCACUAGAUGGAGUUGAAAUUAGAAGCUUAAAAGUCAGCUGGUUGAGGGAUCAGAUGGGGCUUGUAGGCCAGGAGCCAGUGCUUUUCAACGACACAAUCCGUGCCAACAUAACAUACGGGAAACACAGUGAGGUAACAGAGGAAGAGAUCACUGCUGUGGCCAAGGCAGCAAACGCCCAUGAGUUCGUAUCAAGCCUGCCACAAGGAUACGACACAGUGGUAGGUGAGAAAGGGGUGCAACUAUCUGGUGGGCAAAAACAGAGGGUAGCAAUUGCAAGGGCCAUCCUAAAGGACCCUAAGAUACUGCUACUUGAUGAGGCAACCAGUGCUCUAGAUGCAGAAUCAGAACGUGUUGUUCAAGAUGCAUUGGAUCGAGUCAUGGUCAACAGGACUACCAUUGUAGUGGCACACCGCCUCUCCACAAUCAAAGGGGCUGAUAUGAUUGCAGUCCUCAAGGAAGGAAAAAUUGCAGAAAAAGGAAAGCAUGAAGCACUAUUGCGGAUCAAGGAUGGUGCAUAUGCUUCACUUGUACAACUCCGCUCUAAUUCCGAGUAAAAUGAUGUAUAUUUUGAUGGUGUAUAACUUAUUUAGCCAUAAAUUCUAGCUACUUGUGAUUUGAGAAGUUGAUGCUAAACUAGAGGGUGUUCUUUGGUAGUUUGUUACUUUGUUGCAUGAAAGACCUAUGGUUCUGAACGUAUGAUCUUGGUAGCCACAGACAGUAAAUUCAACUGUGUCUGUGUGUACGCACUAACUAUGAUGGAAUAAGCCUUGUGGUCUUUGGUCUU